GGACCUCCAGCUUCCUCACUGGGCGCAGCAUACAGGUCGUUAUCGACGGUUAUUGCUCGAAUCCCAAGCCCGUGAACGCUGGAGUGCCCCAAGGCUGUGUGCUAUCUCCCACGCUGUUUCUUCUGCAUAUCAAUGAUAUGUUGGACACCGCCAACAUGCAUUGCUAUGCGGACGACAGCACUGGUGAUGCCGUAUACACGGGCCAUGCAGGUCUCUCUCGGGAAAACGUCGACCAGUGCCGGGAGAAACUUGUGUCUUCUAUCGAGUCCUCUCUCGAGAAGGUCGCGGAAUGGGGUAAGUUGAACCUUGUCCAAUUUAACCCCCAGAAGACUCAAGUUUGCGCGUUUACCACUAAAAAAACCCCAUUUGCCGUAUCACCGCUCUUCGAGAACAUUUCCCUUAAAGCCUCGCCUAGUAUCGGAAUAUUGGGUCUCGAAAUCUCGAGCAAUUGCCAAUUCCGUGGCCAUCUGGAGGGCAAAGCCAAACUGGCUUCAAAGAAACUGGGCGUCAUAAAUAGAGCACGGCAAUACUUCAAGCCGGCCCACAUUCUAGCGCUCUACAAAGCGCAGGUCCGGCCUCACAUGAAGUAUUGCUGUCAUCUCUGGUCUGGCGCACCCCAGUAUCAGCUCGAUCCAUUUGACCGCGUGCAACGCAGAGCAGCUCGAAUUGUCGGGGACGGAGUACUCUGUGAACGGCUGGAUCACUUGGCGUUGCGUAGAGACGUCGCUUCAUUGUGUGUCUUCUACCGCAUUUAUCACGGGGAGUGUUCCGAAGAUCUGUUCAACCUGAUUCCUGCCGCCGAAUUUCACCUUCGCACGACACGCCACAAGUUACGAUAUCAUCCCCACCAUCUGGAUGUGUGGCGGUCCUCCACAGUGCGGUUUUCAAGGAGCUUUCUUCCUCGUACCACGAAGCUGUGGAAUGAGCUUCCUUGUGCGGUGUUUCCGGGACGAUACGACAUGGGUACCUUCAAGAAAAGCGCGUACACCUUCCUUAAAGGCCGGCAACGCUCCUGUGAUUCCUCUGGUGUUGCAGGAGAGUGUGGGCGGCGGUGAUCACUUAACACC